UUGGCGGAGGCGACGAAUCGAGGAGCGUGAUUGGCUCAGGCCUCAGGCCUGGGAAAGAGCGUUCGAGGAUCCUCAAAUGUACAGGCCGCAGUAGUGCUACCGUUGGAAAAUUAACUAUAAUAAAAUACGACAAUUUCGAGGGGAUCGGAAACUCAUCAACGCUCUGAAGGCAGUCACGGAGUAGACAUUAUCCAACCCAGAUGCCAGAUUCACAGUUUUUCUUAAUAUUUGUGACACUUUUAUGUGAAGGGAACUACUGUCAAAUGUGAAGUAUUGUGGAAAAAUCCCAGAUUAUGGAUCACGGCGGAGGGAUCCUGGAGCUUCACAAGGAUUUGAAAAUGCCCCAUACAAUGAUCAUGCCAGAUUUUGUUGCAGGGAUGGGUGGCAUGGCCCACAUCGACGGCGAUCACAUAGUGGUGUCGGUGCCGGAGGCCGUGAUGAUCUCGGAUGAGGGCAUCAUGCUGGAGGCCGACCUCGAAGCUGAAGUGGUGGAAGGGCCUGACAUCUGUCACGAGGACGUCAUCACCAGCGAGGGAGUGAUCCUCUCCGAGUCUAUCCUGGGGGCCGAGGUGGCCAUCCAAGAGGCUCUGGAGACGGAGCCUGAUCAGGUGUUCGUGGCGGACCUCAUGUCACCUCACGAUCAGAGUCCGCUGGAUCACGACCUGGUGUCUGCAGAGGUCAUGGUGUCCGACUCCGAGACCGUCAUACAGUCACACGACGCCAUGCCGUCUGAUGUCGCUAUUAAAGUGGACGAUGAGGAGGAUGUGAAGAGCACUUCAGAGGACUACCUCAUGAUUUCCUUGGAUGAGGUUGGGGAAAAGCUAGACAUUGGAGACGCCUCUUUAAAGAUCAGUGCAGAUGUGGGCCAAGACGACGACGGCUCGAAAGAGGACGAGUUCAGCUCUGAGGUCAUCAAAGUUUACAUCUUUAAGGCCGAUGGAGAUGAAGAUGUGGAAAUUGGCAGCACAGAGGUGGUAGCAGAAAGUGAUUUCCCCAAUGGGCACGCGGUGCUGGAGCCAGUGGUCUCAGGCCGGCUGCCCAGAGAGAAGAUGGUCUACAUGGCUGUGAAGGACGCCUGCCAUGGAGACGAGGACAUCAACUGUUCGGAGAUGACUGACCAGGUGUAUAUGGAGGUCAUUGUUGGGGAGGAAGAGGCUGCUGGGAUAACAGAAGCACAACUGGAGGACACACCAGUUAACAAGAGCUUUGUUCCUGCGGCCUGGGCAACUGCUUAUGGAAGCAGCCUAGAAAGUAAGAACGACACAGGCACUCCCUACCUGCAGAUCUCUGACAGCAUCAGCUCAAGCCGAGCUCUUAAGCAGAAGAUCAAGAAGAAGAGGAGGGGAGAGACUCGCCAGUGCCAGACAGCUGUAAUCAUUGGUCCCGAUGGGCAGCCCCUGACCGUCUACCCCUGCCACAUCUGCGGCAAGAAGUUCAAAUCACGGGGUUUCCUCAAACGCCACAUGAAGAAUCACCCGGACCACAUGUUCAAGAAGAAGUACCAGUGCACCGACUGCGACUUCACCACCAACAAGAAGGUGAGUUUCCACAACCAUCUGGAGAGCCACAAGCUCAUCAUUAAGAACGAGAAGAUCCCCGAGUACACGGAGUACACGCGGCGCUACCACGAGGCCAGCCCGCUCAGCUCCAACAAGCUCAUCCUGCGUGACAAGGAGCCCAAGCUGCACAAGUGCAAGUACUGCGAGUACGAGACGGCCGAACAGGGACUCCUGAACCGCCACCUGCUGGCUGUGCACAGCAAAAACUUUGCACACGUCUGCGUGGAGUGCGCCAAAGGCUUCCGCCACCCUUCUGAGCUCAAGAAGCACAUGCGGACCCACACGGGGGAGAAGCCCUACCACUGCCAGCACUGCGACUUCCGCUGUGCCGACCAGUCCAACUUGAAGACUCACAUAAAGAGCAAACACGGGACUGAGCUGCCCUUCAAGUGCGGCCACUGCCCGCAGGCGUUCGCGGACGACAAGGAGCUCCAGAGGCACACCGAGAUUUUCCAGGGUCACAAGACUCACCAGUGUCCGCACUGCGAACACAAAAGCACCAAUUCCAGCGACUUGAAGCGUCACGUCAUCUCGGUGCACACCAAAGACUUUCCACACAAGUGCGACGUGUGCGAGAAGGGCUUUCACAGACCCUCCGAACUGAAAAAACACGCCGAGACGCACAAGGGGAAUAAAGUACACCAGUGCCGGCACUGCGAUUUUAAGACUUCGGACCCCUUCACGCUAAGCCGCCACAUUCUGUCCGUUCACACCAAGGACUUGCCGUUUAAAUGCAAGCGGUGCAAGCGCGGCUUUAGGCAUCAGAACGAACUUAAAAAGCACAUGAAGACUCACAGCGGUCGCAAGGUCUAUCAAUGCCAAUACUGCGAGUACAAUACUACGGACGCUUCGGGUUUCAAACGGCACGUCAUAUCCAUCCACACUAAAGAGUAUCCGCACAGGUGUGACUAUUGCAAGAAGGGUUUCAGGCGGCCGUCGGAAAAGAACCAACAUAUAAUGCGACAUCAUAAAGAAACCCUACUAUGACGCUCUUUCAUCCCCGAAAACAAGAUCCGACGCCCCACAGCCGCAUAUGUCGACCUUCUUAUUUAAUGUUCCGCUCGUAGGUAAAGAAACAAUCAAAACGGAGACGUGUAACAGUGGUCUCUCGCAGGCCAAAAAGUCGAGCAAACAGUCAUUCAGGGUCUCAAAUGCCUAUAUUUUUAUAUCCACUUUGCCGCAAGCAAAUCACAUCCUCUAAUAAAGGGAUGGAUCACCCAAAAAUGAAAAAUCCCUCAUGUUGUUCCAAACAUUUAUUGUAGUGUCAUUCAAGGUUCGAAAAGGAUGACAAAUCCCCAACGGAGACUUUGUGGCACGUUUUGUCUUUGUGUGUAAAAAGCGGCCCAAUGAUGUUGUGUUUCAAUGGGACAAAAUGACAUGGGUUUGGAAUAACAUGAAGGGCGUUUUCUUUUAUGGGUGAUCCAUUCCUGGUCCAGGCCUUAGUCAGGAUGAACGCCAUAUUGAAUUUUACGCAGAUGAAAACACGGCCAGACUUAAAGUCUUUACAAUGACGUUCACUGUAUAAAGAUCCUAAAACUAGCAACUUUCACGAAGUUUUAUGUCUGCCCCACAGCCUUUAUUUAAAAAAAAACUAAAAGGAAAUAUGGCGCUACCCUGACUACGGUCUCACUUUCAUUAGGUGUAUUUUACUGACUGGUAUGUCCAGGUUUUACUGUACCUUUUACCAUUUUGUAGCCGUUAUGAUGUUAAUUUGAGCAAUUUCUUUUGUGGUAUCUGAAAUCGUACGAUUUAAGCCAGUGCGUCUUUCCAUUUGCUCUGUGCGAUCCUAGUGUCUUGAGCGCUCCUUCACGAAUCAAACUUUCCAAGUACCACUACAAAAUUCAAUGUUUAUGUAAAACGAAACGUUACCAACAUGGCGGACAUGCACAUACUGCCAAUUAUUUCGGAUCUCCUGCGUCAUGCCUUACAUGUAUUUUGUUUUGCACUGAAUUCAGUAUGAAUCGAGUUGUGAAUAUUUUUUAACACGUUUCAGUCGUGCUAUGAUAGAUGUAUACAUUAACAAAUGCAAAUCACAUUAAGAGCACCUUUUCCUUCUUAAAAGUCACUUCUGCGUUAUUUAUUUUUUAGUGGGUGGGCAAACAUAGACACAUCAUCCUAAACCAGAAGCCAUCCAACUCGCCGCCAGUAAAAGACCUCAGCGAUCAUGUCUCGAUAACUAGCUCUAAUAAUUGGCGUAGCUAUGGACUUGUAAUAUGACUAGUUAACAUCAGCAUCCAGCAACUGUAGUACUUCACGGCGUACCGUACAUGGUGGAUUUCAUUCAUGGGUGGAGGUCGGAGAAAGGCCUGUACUUGCUAAUCAUGUUUUUAUUGUCAGACUUGCUAAUGUAACUCCAGUGUUGUCAUGUAAAAGCCUCCAUUCAUAAGGACAAAAGGUGUUUUUAAGAUAAAUUAGUUAAAGUGGAUGAUUGAAAACGAUUAGUUAUGUUUCUUGAAAUUACAAACCGCCACUUCUAAAGGUUCGUCGUCUGCACAGAAAGAAAUAUCACUAAAGUUUCAGCAUAAUACAUGUUGUAAAUCGUGCUUUUGUGAUGGACAUCUUCAUUGACAAUUAAAUUGGUUGUUUUAUGUUA